AUGGUUGAGCCUGAAAGGGUUACAUUCGGUCAAAGUGUUUCUCUAUAUAAUGUUCGUCAAGGACGUGAGCCGCUUAAAAUAGCCGAGUUUACCUCCUCCUCAGCACAGCUCAAAUUGGACUGCGAAUUCCAAUUUGUUGGAAACUCCAAGUUCUCUCUCCAUACACCAUUCAACCAACGCAUCCGUAUCUUCAUUGCUGGAUAUGUUGGAGACCCUAUAACAAAUGAUGAUGAAGAAGAAACUUCAGAAGAAGAUAACUAA